UGUUUGAUUAGUAUGCGAUACUUGUUUGCAGUGGGCAGAUGUUUUUCAUUAUUUCCCUCACACUGCGCAUGCCCGCUUCCACGAGUUAUUGCAAACAGUUUAGAGUCUGGCGCUUGCUUCGGAGAAGUAUUGCGCUAUGGAAAAUCAGGAGAAUGCCAAAGCUCUGUCUCCCUCGAGUGUGGUUGACUUAAAUGUCGGUGGCCAGCUGUACACGACCACUCUAGGGACUUUAACGAAAGAACCUAGCAGCUUGCUGACUGCUAUGUUUAACGGAAGUCAACGAACACCGAAAGAUUCUCGAGGUCGCUAUUUCAUCGAUAGAGACGGCGUUUUAUUUCGCUACGUCUUGGACUUUUUAAGAAAUCUUCGCCUUACCCUACCAGAUGGCUUCAACGAGCUGGAUCGUUUGUUAGCUGAGGCUGAAUAUUUCAAAAUUAGUUCGAUGCAAGAAGCACUCUCGAAGGAUCUCAAAAGCCGUACGAGCGUCGAAAAAACAAAGAAAAAAGCCAGCGGGUAUCUGUCUGUCUGCGUGCGAGGGACCUACGCGUUUGGACGUGAUGGCGUCGCCGACGUGAAAUUUCGCAAGCUACAGCGAAUUUUGGUGUGUGGUAAUGUCGCGUUAGCGCGUGAUGUGUUCGGCGACUCUUUGAAUGAGACCCGCGACCCAGCCCGGGAGGAAAUAAGAUAUACAAAUCGCUUUUAUCUCAAAUACAAUCAUCUAGAAAAAGCUUUCGAUCAGUUGGCGGAAAAAGGUUUUCAAAUGGUCACAAGUUGCGCUGGAGGAGCAGGUUAUGAUCCUGAGAGCGAGGAAACAAAAUGGAACCAUUUCAAUGACUAUAUUUUCUACAAAGGGUGAUACUUUAUAUUGAUGAAAUAAUGCAACACUAGUCUAGAGAUUUAUUAUAUGUGGCAGCAAAGACUGUUCGGCCUCUUGCAAGCAGGUGGCAUGCAAAAAGGCAAACGCCACCGUGGAGUGAUCAGCUUAGUAUUUAUUUAAUAUUACUAACUGAUGGCGAUGUAUAUUUCUUAGUUAUUAAUUGAAGUAAAAGACUUGAUA